CUCGCCCCUCCCCGCAUUCUGCGCCACAUUCUAGCCACGCUGGACACCCUGUCCUCCUCAUCCGCCCCCUCGUCUCCCGCUCCCGCCAUGUCCUCCAAGCGCGGCCGCAAACGCAACGACAAUCUCCCUCCAAACAGGGCGCGCGACGUACAAAGGGCCUUCCGUGCCAGGCGAGCCGCACAUCUCGAGGCUCUCGAGCAGCGCUGCUCCGAGCUCGAGGAAGAGAACAACACGCUCCGCGCAGCACUCAAUCUCCCCCCUGCUAAUCGCCCGCUUCUCGGCAAGGGGCCCACCGGCAAGGACAAGCCAAAAGGCAACAACAAAUCUCCCCCUGCAGAGGCGGGGAUCGCCUCGCUGCUGCCUUCAAUACCCGCCCUCACAUCCUCGGGCACCCUCCCUCCAAUGAGCCGCACAGAGUCACCACUGUCCACCGGAUCCACCAGUGCGCAUUCCAUGUCACCUGAUCCUCCCAUGAGCGCCGCCAUGUCUAUGCCUCAGCAAUCUGGGCCUGACAUGGACCCUACGGGAUGGUCGGAGUCCAUGUUUGGGGACAAGGAGUCAAACCCGCCGCUAUCUUCUUCUGCGUUCUCCCUUCCUUCGCCACCCGCCCAGGGCUCCCCAUUCGGCUCCAUGGGCCGCUCAACCACCAGCGAUCUGUUCUCGAAUUCUGUCCAAGACAAGUUCCCGGGUUUCUCGUCUUCGGACGAGAAAUCAUUCGGAUACCUCCCUCCAGACGAUCGACGAACAUUCUCUUACCCGCACUCCCUCCUCUCGGGCCCGCCUGCGGCCUCAUCAAUACCGCCCUCACUACAGCAGUCACACGGGGGCGGGGGCGGCGGCAACCACGACGUGAACCCGCCGAUGUCACUGCCGGCAUUUCUGCAGCGGCGCUCAGUAACAGAGCCCGACAGCUACCGCAACCUGCUCAACCAGCUCUCCCACGGCCAGUCGCAGCAAAACUCGCUCCAAACGCCCGCCCCGCGCAUGCCGUCCGCGAUGCUAAACGCGAUCGACUCCGCCAUGCCCGACUUCGACCUCCCCGGGGGCCCGGGCAACCAGCGGAGGUAUCCAGGGCUGCACUAGCCACGCUCGCGCGCGCCCGCUCGCGCCCUGCGCGUCCCAGGUCGUCUGCCCUGGAACGCGGAGGACCGAUGCGCCUGGCGCCGAGCCGUCACCCGCCCCCUCCCUCCCAUGCCGACCGCCGUAGACACUUCUAACUUUAGGGGAUCCAUCUGGAGAUUUUCCGUCUUGUAUCGUAUGUAUCGCUAUUCCCCGCGCGCCUCGCGCCCCCACUCUACCCCAUCACCACCACCGCCCGUCCGUUCUCGCACCACCACCACCACCGCACACCCCGACUAUCCCAUCUUCAGUCGCUGCGUCUCCGCCCCCAUCAUGAUCUUCUCUCCACCCGCCCUGUCUUGCGUUCUGCUGCAUUGUCUGCUCUGCUGUACGGUUAC